CUUGGCAGAUACUCUUAUAGGAGGCAGACUCUGGGUCGAUAUACCGUAUCUGACUCUUUCUAACAUUGAAACACAUACUAUCUUAUCCUAG